AUGGCGCCAAAAGUGAAGGCUGUCAAAUCCAAAGCGGCGCUCAGAGCGGCGCCCAAGACGGCACUGGGUACGCCGCCGAAACCCUUCAAGAAACCCGCAGAGGUCCUUCAACCCUUUUUCGAGACGCUCUCGCCAAAGCAUAUCUACAUCACCCACAUCGAUUCUAAGCCCAAGGAAUUCAAGAAGAAGAUUUUCCUCGUGCCAGUCGGCAUGAACCUGGCCGUUGCCGCGCUCUUCGUCUUACGCAUGUACUGGAUUCUCCCAUACUACUUCAAAUUUAUCCAGUCCGCCAUGGGCUAUCCCAAUGAGACGACCUUCCCCACUGCCGACUCGACCUGGGGACAGUUGAUAUGGGAGAUUGCCAAGCGAGGCGGCUCCCUUACGCUGGAUCUCAUGCUCUUCAUCUUUGUCUGGCCGUGGCCCAUUGAGUUCGUCUUCGGCCAGUCGUACAGCAAUCCAGUCAGUUGGCGAUGGAAGGUCGGUUUCCGCGACAAGGAAAUCUACGUCCGACGCAGCCGAGAGUGGGACCAGCAGCUGGGCGACAUCUUCAAAGACGAGGAGCGGAACGAGGCGCUGCAGCAGGUCAUCCGGCAAGCUUGCUCGCCCCUCCUCCUACAGGAAAAGACUGGCUACCUCACCAUGACGGGACAGUGGGAUCUCGACUGGCAGGCCAUGAUUGACGCGCACACUCUGGUGGAUCGCAAGGACGUCGCGCUGGAUGCCUUCGGGCGUUUAGUGUUGGUGUACCACGAAGAUUACGGCUGGAUGUCAGUAGAGGAAGAAGGUGUGAAUGCAAAGGAAGACGACAGGCGGAGACAGGUGUUCCAGUUCAGGGAUGCCCUCAACGCAAUUGGCAAGGAGAACCUCUUUUUCCGAUGGAUCGAGAUCGUGCAGUUUGAGUCCUCGCAACCUGGUGGGUUUGGCCCUGAGAAGCAGGUCGAGGUGGCCAAGCAAAUCCGGGAUCUGUUCCAAAAGGAGGGUGUGGAUUUUGACCAGGUGUGGUAUGACGCUGUGGGAUCGGAUGGGUUGAGUGGUAUGUGA